CAUAAUUCAAAUAAGAAGUCUCUUUCCCAAGAAGGAAACGUAAUGCGGAACAGGUCGUUCUGGUUCUGAAGAGUUGGAACCUGUAAUAAGGAAAUUCACAAGAGGGUGUGUGUACAGUGCAGGGAGCGUCUAGAGGAAAGGGUGCUUUAUAACGUUAUAUUAUACUUUAUUCAGUGGCAUCGUUUCGACUUUGAUUAUAUCAUUUUUCAUGUGUCCUAUAACGUUCAGUUCAGCGGUGAUGCAAAUAUGUUUAUGUAAAUGAGAAGUGAGGAGGUCUCACAUGCGCGUCUUCUCUCUUCAAACUGCUUCCAGUUACCCUGAAGGACAGAUCGACUGAGGACUGACUGAUAACGAUAGAUUAAUGCAAGAAUGGCUCUACAAAAUGAUUCGUUUCACAAUGGAAAACAGUGCACCUCAAUCGAUGAUUUCCGCAAUCAAGUCUAUUCCACAGUGUACUCAAUCAUCACAGUCUUUGGGCUGAUGGGCAAUGGCUUUGCACUCUAUGUUCUUCUUCGUACAUACCGGCAAACCUCAGCCUUCCACAUCUACAUGCUCAACUUGGCCGUGUCAGACUUGCUGUGUGUCAGUACGCUACCUCUACGGGUGCUCUAUUAUGUCAACAAAGGGCAGUGGUACAUGGGAGACUUUCUAUGUCGAGUAAGUUCCUACGCGUUAUACAUGAACCUCUACUGCAGCAUCUUCUUCAUGAUGGCCAUGAGUUUUACCCGUUUUUUGGCCAUUGUGUUUCCUGUGCAGAACCUGAGGCUAGCCUCUGAAAAAAAGGCAUGGAUAGUUUGUUUGUGCAUUUGGGUAUUCAUUUGCACCACCAGUUCACCCUUUCUCCUAUCUGGAGAGCAUUUGGAUAAAAAGACUAACAAAACCAAGUGCUUUGAACCUCCAGAAAAUGGCACAAUAGACAAACUGAUUUUUCUGAACUACUUUUCACUGGUUGUGGGGUUCAUUAUUCCCUUUUUGGUUAUCUUGCUUUGCUAUGUUGGCAUCUUGCGCACUCUACUUAGAAACACUAAUACCUUUAACAAGCAGCGGUACACUCGCAACAAGGCCAUUCGUAUGAUUGUUGUGGUGAUGUUUGCUUUCUUAGUCAGUUUUAUGCCUUACCACAUUCAACGCACGCUACAUCUCAACUUCAGUAGCCGCAAAGACACCACCUGUCAAGAGAUUGUUUCUAUGCAGAAGUCUGUGGUUAUCACACUCUGCCUGGCUGCUGCCAACUGUUGCUUUGACCCAAUGCUCUACUUUUUUUCUGGAGAGAAUUUUCGACACCGCCUUUCCACCUUCCGUAGGGUCUCUGGUAAUAUCGGUGGCGCACACCAGAAUCGCCAUCGUCUUCAAAGCUCUGCACCUGUGGAAGAGAGUGAACCUCAGGUCUGUAGUGGCUCAAGCUAACUUGAAGGAAUCAGAAUAAUGUUUAUUUGUCAGUAUAAAAGAGAAUUUCAAACAUCAUAGACAUGUUAACCUCAAGAAUAAAAAGGACAUUUCUAAAGGCUUAUUACAAUUUCAUGAUCAGCUUGCAGCAAUUGUCAACGAUAUAUGCAAAGAAUGUCUCAUUUAUCUUGCUUGUAGAAAGUUGUAUAUUUACACAGAAUAACUUGUUAUUGAUAUGUAUUGGUGUUGAAUGGUAUUGUGGGACUUACAGUAUCAAUGUAAAUGCAUGCAUCAUUGUAUAUACUGUUUCAUAAAACACUGACAUAUGUGUCACAUGACCAUAUUUAUAUAUAUAAGUACUGCAUUACAGAUAAAUGGAUUACAUAACAUGAAGAUGACUGAAUUCCUCAUCUAGGAGUUAUCUUCACCAUGCAUUU